AGAGAGGCGGUGGAGCGGUGCGGAGGGGCGCGGGGGUUUGUAAUGUUACCUCCCUCUUUUCCUCCCUCCUUCCUUUUCCUCCUUCUCCUCCCUCGCUGGAUGCGCGCAGCCCGGUGCCGGGAGCGCAGCGCAGCGUUGGCUGCAGCGCUGGGAGCUACCGGAGCGCGGUACCUCCCGGCCCGGCGUGGCCAGCAUGGAGCCCCCUGUCCUGGGCGUCGUGGUGCCGCUGCUCCUCUGGCUCCUCUCCCCGGUGUCCAGCACACGUCCAGAGUGCAGCAUCAUGCAGGAGAUAGAAGAGGAGCGCAGCCAGUGCUUGGCAGAGCUUAUUGGGGGUAACCAGACUUCAGGUUGCAGAAGGCAAUGGGACAACAUCACCUGCUGGCCUGAAGCGGAGGUGGGAGAAGUUGUGGUACGGCCUUGCCCAAAGUACUUCAGAUUCCUCACAACUUUUCUUGGAAACGUGACCAGGAAUUGUACAAGCCAGGGCUGGACGGAUGUGUACCCUGCGCCAUAUGCCAUAGCUUGUGGAUAUGAUUCCAACAGCACUCCAGGGGAAGAGCAAACGGCAUUCUAUGGCACUGUCAAGACUGGCUACACCAUUGGACAUACCUUAUCGCUCAUUGCUCUCACAGCUGCUAUGAUCAUUUUAUGUCUCUUCAGAAAGCUACACUGUACUAGAAAUUAUAUUCAUAUGCACCUCUUCAUGUCCUUUAUAAUGAGAGCCAUUGCAGUCUUCAUAAAAGAUGUCAUCCUGUUUGAAAGUGGAGAAUCUGAACACUGCUUUGUGAGUUCAGUAGGCUGCAAAGCCAUGAUGGUUUUCUUCCAGUACUGCAUCAUGGCCAACUUCUUCUGGCUCCUGGUGGAGGGGCUGUAUCUCCACACCCUGUUGGUCAUCUCCUUCUUUUCAGAGAGGAAGUACUUUUGGUGGUACAUCUUGAUUGGCUGGGGUGCCCCCUCUGUGUUCAUCACUGCUUGGACAAUUGUCAGGAUUUACUUUUUCGAUGUUGGGUGCUGGGAGGAAAUAGUGGAAUCCCCAUUCUGGUGGAUCAUUAAAACUCCUAUUUUGGUGUCUAUUUUGGUGAACUUCAUUCUCUUCAUUUGCAUCAUCCGUAUCCUAGUCCAAAAGCUGCAUUCCCCAGAUGUUGGACACAAUGAGACCAGCCAAUACUCGAGGCUGGCCAAGUCCACCUUGCUGCUGAUCCCUCUCUUUGGCAUUCACUACAUCAUGUUUGCUUUCUUCCCUGACAAUUUCAAAGCAGAAGUCAAGCUGGUGUUUGAGCUCGUGGUUGGGUCAUUCCAGGGAUUUGUGGUGGCUGUUCUGUACUGUUUUCUCAACGGGGAGGUCCAAGCUGAGCUCAAACGAAAGUGGCGGAGGUGGCAUCUGGAGCGGUUCCUGGGUUCAGACAUGAAGUAUCACCACCCCUCCCUAGGCAGCAACGGUACCAACUUCAGCACCCAGAUCUCCAUGCUGACCAAGUGCUCACCAAAGACACGCCGGUGCUCUGGCUUCCAGGCCGAAUUCUCUCUGGUGUGAUAGGGAGAGCCUCUCCAAGAACUGAGCAUCCAAGUGACAAACUGAAAGACAGAAGAAUCCCCCAGGAAUCAGUGAUAUGAUGACAAAUCCUUGUGAAUUGACAUGCUCCGCAUGAGCCAACAUAGGACACAAAACUGGAAGAGCCACUGGCAUCCAGAACAAGAUCAGACAAGCCAGGAGGGAGAGAAAUACUUUUCCUCUCUCUCUUUUCAGACCUUUCACUCUUAAGUUUCAAGCCCUCAGGGGUUGAUAACUACAAGUAGAGGUCCCAGUCACUUGAGGAGA